AUGGCUACCCAGCUCUCCCCGCCUGCUAUUUUGGGCGACGGCCCCUUCACCUCCAACCGCGACAGUAAAGCCGCUCCGAUCCCUGCUGCCGCCCAACUUGCCGGUCCAUCUGAUGCUCCAGAGCACCAUUUCAACGGGCAGUCCCAGCCUCUGACUCGCCGCUCCACUACCUUGCUGUCGCGAUCCAACACCUCGCAGAAUGUCAAGGAAAAGGACCCUGGUAGAGGCAUUACCAGGGCCCUGACCACGGCCACGACAUCGGCAAAUCCCUGCCUGGAUCCGCUCAGUACGCAAAUCUACUUGCGCACUAACAGCAACGGCAACAUCGAAUCCACUAUUGCCCAGCGCCUGCGAAAUCCGACGAGGCCCGAAAGCCCAACCUCUGACCAAGUCCACGACCCCUCGACCAAGUCUGCCAAUGGCGCGGCCGACGCAAGUCGUGAGCGGAAGAAGGGACCGUCGUUCCUGAGUCGCCUGGGAAUGCGCGGCGCUCGGAAGAGGGAUGAUGACAUGCCCGACUCCGACUCCGACUUGGGUGACCGCCGCACCGACGGGAGCAAUGCCCGGGCCAUGACUUCUGUCGCCGGGGCCGGAGGGGGCUACAUACCUCUUUACAAGGAGCCUCCACGCUACAUCCGCGUUAAGCGGCACAACAAAAAGGGUCGAGACUUCAAUCGCCUCUUUCUCGCCCAAGAGUUGCUGGGCACCAAGCCCCCCUCGGAUGACGAGCCGUUGCCGAGUCGCGCUCCCGCAACAGCCGUGGGGAAUAAGAUUCUCAAGGCCGGCGAUGCCAUCUGGGCGGCCGAGUUUAGCUUAGAUGGGCGCUAUCUGGCCGUGGCCGGCAAAGACCAGACCGUCCGCGUCUUCUCCGUCAUAUCGACCCCUGAGGAGCGGCGGGCGCACGAGGAGGAGGAAGAAAAGCAAAACCGCGGCAACGGGGAAAAGCUGAGCGCCCCGGUCUUCCGCAGCAAACCGACGAGCGAGUUCGAGGGGCACACGGGCGAGGUUCUGGCCUUGAGUUGGAGCAAGAAUAACUUUCUGCUCUCGUCGUCCAUGGACAAGACGGUUCGGUUGUGGCACGUGAGCCGGGCCGAGUGUCUCUGCGUGUUCCAGCACGAUGAUCUCGUCACGUCGAUUGCCUUUCACCCCACCGACGACCGCUUCUUCCUGGCCGGCUCCUUGGACGCUCAGCUUAGACUGUGGAGCAUACCGGACAACUCGGUUGCAUUUUCUGCGCAGGCCAAUGAGUUCAUCACGGCAGUGGCAUUCUCCCCCGACGGCAAGACGGCAAUCUGUGGCGUGUUGAGCGGGCUGUGCACGUUUUUCGAGACUGAAGGCCUCAAGCAGCAGUUUCAGAUCCAUGUGCGCUCUUCAAGGGGCAAAAAUGCCAAGGGAAGCAAAAUCACGGGCAUCAGGACCGUCAAGAUGCCCGCCGAGGCGGAAAGCGGGGACGUCAAGGUGCUCAUCAGCUCCAAUGACUCGCGCGUGCGCAUAUACAGCCUCAAGACGCGCAUGCUGGAAGUCAAGUUCAAAGGCCUGGUGAACCAGUCGAGCCAGAUCCACGCGCGCUUCAGCGACGACGGCAUGUACGUCGUGUCCGGGAGCGAAGACCGGCGGGCCUACAUGUGGGGGACGGGCCACCCGGAGGCGGAGCUCAAGGACAAGCAGCCGUACGAAUGCUUCGACGCGCACCCCGAAGUCGUCACCACGGCGCUCAUGGCGCCCGUCAAGAGCAGGCAGCUGCUGAGCGCGUCGGGCGACCCCAUCUACGACCUGUGCAAUCCGCCGCCUGUCAUGCUACUUAGCCUCGAUGAGAAGACGGCGAGCCAGACCAAAUUUUCGGACGACGGCCACGCGGAUGCUCCGCCGGGCGUCAAGAGGCCCGAGGAGAGUCCGGCGUACAUUGAGCGCUCCAAGCACCUCGAUGGCAACAUCCUCGUCACGACGGACAAGUCGGGCACGAUCAAGGUGUUUCGGCAAGAUUGCGCGUAUGCCAAGCGCCAGCAGAACACGUGGGAGACGGGUUCCAUAUUCUCGGGCAAGCUGACGGGGAUCGGGCGGAGUUCCAGCAUCGUCACCAAGACGAGCGGGGGCAGCCGCGUGCACUCGCGGCGUGGGUCCUUGACGGGUCCCGUGCAAGUGCAGCUCGCCUCGGACAGAAUCAUGAGCUGGCGGCAAGAUAUGGAAGGGCGGGCAAGCACCUCGGGGACGGCGGCGAGGAGCGAGCGAUCCAUGUCUCCCAUGAAGUCAAACCGAGCCCCACUCAACACGUCGGCCGCGAACCUGGCGUCCGAGGCUCGGAAGCAGCCUUAUGCAUCGAGCCCCGUCACGCGCGCGCACAACGCCUCGAGCCCGACGAGCAGUAUACAGACGAGCAAAACGUCGCUGAAGCUGCCCAAGGACAAGGAACAAGGACCCACGGUUCCGCCGACGCCGAGCUUCAGCCUGCUCAGCGUGUCGGACUCGGACCACCAGGAACUCAAGGGUGAAGGGGGCUUUUGGAACCUGAGUCGAUGGAAAGUGCUAAAGUACCCGACAAACGCGGCUGCGCCGGCUCCCAUGGGCAAAGAGUCGUCGUCUUCGGACCACUCGAAGACCAAAAGUGAGGGUGUCGUGGCCGAGGGGAAGCCGCCGGGUCGCAGGAGCAUGGUGCUCAGUGAGCACCGCAAGUCAAAACUCGGCGACGACGGCGGCCGACCGAAGUCGGUCGACCCUGCGCAGCCGUCCAAGUCGAGAGCGAGCGAGUCGGACGCCAAGGCCGUCAGGGGAUCAGACCGGCCCAAAACUCGAGAUGGCCCCUACUCGAGCAAUCGACGGAUGAACUCGGGUGUGGCUUGA